AUGAAUUCGGAGCAAAUAUCCGAAUUUCUCUUGGAUUUGGAAAGAACCGUUGGAACAUCGUUUUCUCAGCCAAAGCCGCAAGAACAACAACAACCAUCGAAUGGAAAUGAGAAAAAAGAAGAUUUGGAGCUAUUUCGAAAGUUUUUGACGAAAUCUGCGCCAAAUACUUUAUACGUCAUCAAUUAUAUCAAUUCGAAUUACACUGAUAUUGAUUUGGUGCAAUCGAUUAUUGGUCAAAUUCUCUCGCUUUAUUAUAAAGGUGGAAUUUUGCGACUUUAUGCUCUUCAAUAUGUUCCUGGAUUUAUUGCGCUAUAUUUGUUAGCUUUAUCGAAAAAGCAACAAAAAAGUGCGACACUUUUCGAGACGUUUUUCGUUGCCGUUUAUAAUGAGGAAAUUGUUGUUGAUCCGAAUUCGGAUGUGAAAAAGGUUGAAGAAGUUCGAAUUCCAUCGAUUCGUUAUCCAAGUAUCUAUCACGAUCCUUCAAAAAUGCAAUCACAUUCUGAAGUUUCAACAAUUCGACCAGGAUCAAUUGCGUCAGUAUUGGUUAGUAACUUUUAUUUUGAAAUAUUCAUCUAAAAUCUUUUAUUUUUAUUUUUCAGACUACUGUUCGAAUUGGUCCAUUUCCAACAUAUCCUUUGAUAACUGCAAGUAACAAAUUUGUGGUUCUCAGCCGAAUUCUAAAAUCAAUAAAUCAAUCAUUAUUUGUGGUUUCAUCCGAAGUCGUAUCUCGCCACAUUUGUUUAGCAACAUUAUCGAUUUGUCGAUCGGGUUUCAGUUUUCCAGACACGGGUUUCAAUAAUAAAGUUUUGGAAAAUGAACAAAGUCAGGAAGUGAUUGAAGAUUUUACGAGAAAACCAAGGCAACAUGUAGCCAGUAAUUUAUUAUUAGAAUUUUUGACCGGUUCAUAUUUGGCACUUUUCAAUGGUUGUGCUGAUUUGGCUCUUCGUGCAAUUGAUUCAAUUCAUUUAAGAGCACAAUAUGAAAUGCUUCCCGAAGUAUUGUUAGUUGUUAAUUCGAUUCGGAACUCUCUUUUGGAUAAUCCUUUAUCAAAGGAAAAACGUGGCGAAUUGAUGUGGACAAGACAAUAUAAGGUUUACAUUUUUUCUUGAUUUUUAGAAGACAAAUUUUUUCUAUCCAGGAAAAACGAAAAGACAUGGUGACUAAUGCAUCUCUGCGUAUGAAAAGAAUGCCAGAAGAUAUACCAGUACAAGAGCAAAUCAAAGAAAAAGAGCACUCAAAACUUGGCGAGCUAAUGGAAGAAGGUUUGUCUUUUUUUUCUCGUGGAUUUUUUGAGAAGAAAAAAAACAAGGGAAUUUUUAGGAAUGGAUCAUUUACACGACUUGAAGAAAAAAGUUGUCGGAAUCGGUUUGCAUCACAAAAUUCAUCGAAGAAGGAAAAGUGUGGAACAUGAAGAGGUUUGUUAUGAAAAUAAUUUUAAAAAACUCGAAAUUGACAGGAAACGUGGCAGUCACGUGAAAAAAGCAUUGUUCAAAAUUUAAAUUAUUUUUUUAACUUUCAGACCGAGCUUCAACCAAUCAAAGAGGAAAAACCUUUGGGUGCUGAAUUCUCGUCUUCAGAGGUUGAAUCAACUGCAGAAAAAGAUAUUGUUUUGAAUAGCGAUGAUUUGGAAAGACGAUUGAGAGAUGCGACAAUUGUUGAGCAUGAUUAUCAGAAAGAAUUGGUCGCGAAGGUGAGAUUUAAGAAAAAAUGGGGAAAGUAGAAUACAAAAAAUUGGUUGAAAAACUUUGCCACGUUGAAAGCUUUAUCUUUGCCACGUCAUGUUCUUAAUGUUCUUUCAAAAAAUGUAAAUUUUGUAAAUGCAUUUGAACAAAACACACUGAAAUAACACGACCUUUUCAAAUCGUUCAUAAAAUAUUCAUAAAAUGAAUCCAAAAUAAACUUCUUUUUUUUCUAUUAUUUUUCAAUUAUUUUUCGAUCGAUUUGUUCUUGAUUUUUUCUCACAUUUCGUUUUUACAUUAAAAUUUCUAAUUUUAUUUUCACAGGGAAUCGUUCGAAAUUCACAAGAAGAAGGAGAACACGAUGGUUCAUUUACAAUUGCUGGUUUACGACACAUGGAUAGUGGUAGUAGUACUUUUCGAUCAAUUGAUAAUCCAUAAUUUGAUAUGUAAAAUAAUUAUGCCCUUUUCUUUGCAGAUGAGUUCACCGCUUAUCGGUAG